AUGCGGAUGCUCAGUUGUCAAUAUAUAAAAGGGAGGGAAGCUCCCAUUUUGCCAUUUUUCGCCAUUGUCUCAGUUUUGAAGCUCCAGUCGAGAGAGUUUUCCAAGGGAUUUCUGGGUGCAUUGUCGUUGCAGAGGGGAAUGAGUGGAGUGGCAUUUUGCUUUCGUUUUCAGAAGAUCAAAGUCAAUGUUGUGGUCAGUCUAAGCAUGUCGAGUUGGUCAUAUAUGUUUGAUUCACAAAAUACUGCGAGCAACGGAUCUACCUUUCAAGAUGAUGUGGACGAUCUAGACAUGGUAAAUGAGAUGUAUGACGCAGUCGAGCAAAUGGGUGAGGACAUGCCAUCAGUCUCGAUGGAAAUUUUGAGUACCGAGGGGCAGGAAGAGAGGUGGGAGGCUAGGAUGUAG